UUAUGUGGCGUGGUGGUAAUCGGCAGGCAUGAAAAAUGUUGGUCAUAUUCAUGGACUUUUUUGUUCGAAAGACAAACUGUAUUAAUCCAACUCAUUUUCGAAUGAAGUAACUUCUCACUUAAUUAUGAAAUUACGUACACCAUUAGGACGAAAAUUUAUAUAUAAGUUGUAUUAUGUGACUGGUGCAGCUUACGAAAAUAAUGCGGAUAUUUUUGCAAGAAAUACUGGCUUGUUAAAAUGUAGCAGGCGAGGGUUGAGAACUCUAACUAGCACACAUCUAACACAUGUUACUAGUAAUAAUAAGGAAUUAGGAAAACCUUGGCGCGUAUUGUUUUUCGGCACAGAUGACUUCUCCCUUCCGAGCCUGAAAAUGCUUUUCAGAGAAUUGCAAGAUGGUGGUUUUGUGAAGCAACUUGCUGUUGUGACAUCUCUGAAAGCAAAGAAGAAUCCUGUGAGGGACUUUGCAGUGGCAGCUGAGUUAGCUGCAUUCAAUUGGCCAUUCCAUGCAGUCCCUGGAGACUUUGAUGUUGGACUAGUGUCAUCAUUUGGGCAUCUAAUUUCUAAAUCCAUAAUUGAGUCAUUCCCUUUAGGAAUUCUGAAUGUUCAUGCCAGCCUGCUGCCUCGCUGGAGGGGUGCUGCUCCCAUCUUCUAUGCUAUCCUGAAUGGGGACUCCGAGACUGGAGUAACCAUUAUGCAGGUGAAAGCUCACAAGUUUGAUGUAGGCAAUAUUGUUCUCCAGGAGCGCUGCCCUAUCACUCCUACAGACACAGCACCAAUGCUGAAGGUACGACUAGCUGAACUUGGAGCCAAACUUCUUCAGGAGACUCUGAAAGACCUGCCCCACUGCCUUCAUAAGUCUGUACCCCAGCCAGACUUCGGUAUUACAUAUGCUCCUCGUGUUACUUCUUCUCUGGCAGCCAUUAAGUGGCAGGACAUGGCUGCAGUGCAGGUUUAUAAUCUGCACCGGGCACUAACGGGAUUAUACUCAUUGUCCACAACAUGGCAUGGACUACCCAUAAAGCUGCUGGAACCAUCAUUAGAGAUUGGAACUUCUAAGCAGGAGCAACAGACUGGGAACAGCUGGCUACUAAAUAGACCUGGUUAUGUGGAGUUGGAUCAUAAGAGUCGUGUCCUGCGUGUGUUGUGUGCAGACACUAAGUGGAUUAGCUUCAGAGCCAUUGUUGUGCCUGGCAAGAAACCAAUGUCACCAAAGGACUUCUACAAUGGAUACAUGUCUAAACAUAGUGUAACUGAGUGGACGUUCACGUAAUUUAGUAAGUAGGUUGAGGAUUUAUAUCUAGUCUAUCAUUUUUUAUUUUUCUCCCUUUCUGUACUAUUUUGAGAAAUAAAAUCUGAAUGUCAUAGUGUUUUUUAA